CACGCAACCAACGCCAGAACAUCUACAUGCUACGCAACCUUCAGCUAUAAAUACGGCAAUGAACAAAGAAAAGGACCAGACCUUGUUCGGAGGCAGUCGACCCAAGACUGGACUGCAAGCGACGAUCGUGUACGCGGCGGCAAAUCACAAUCCUUCCUCGAAUGCCACAGCAGCACAGGGCGAUUCCAUGGCAGUCUCGACAUCAAAACCUUAGGUGGCGCAGGAUUUGCAAGCCAGCGGACCACGGGUGAGGACAGAAGCUGGGAUUUGUCUGAUUAUGCAGGAAUCGUGCUCGACAUUGCAGAAGCGGACGGCAAGUCUCCUUUUCCCCGAAUCAUGCCACCUAGAUUGCUGGUGCAGGACGCCGAGCUCAUACCUGAAAACUCGCANGACAAAAGAUACACCUUCAUUGUCAAGGACGAACUGCUACCCCGCAAUCCAGACAAUGGACGUGAACAAGCCACUAUCUCGUGGGAGUACGACUUUAAGCCUUGUUUCGGGGAAAGCAGUCUCGAGAAAGGUGGUCUUGUAUUCGUUCCAUGGUCUGGUUUGCAACCAACCUAUCGUGGUAAGGAGAAGGAGCAUGCGGCUCCUAUCGAUCUCAAAACGAUCAAAAGGAUGAGUAUUAUGAUGAGGAGCUUCUUCGGCGAUCAAGAGGGACCCUUCUCUCUAACCUUGCGUUCCAUCUCUGCAGUUGCGAGCUCACCGGUCGAGCCCGGCAGACUCGAACGGGGUGACGCAGCAUCUGCAACAAGCAGCACUAGUCGUUGGACUCGGUAUAUCCAAUCGUUUACUGUGAGUCGACUCGGACAACGCAAGUCGAUCGAAUGGUGGUUAACUCUCGCAGUUCGCAUUAUCGUCGUGGCGCAUCUGCGGACUCGCUUUGCUCGCGACUGCCCUAUACUACCUACAUGGCAGCACUUCGCGAGCAGUCUGAUUUCGGAUCCGAGAGUCUCGGACACGAAGCAC